AUGAACACUAAAGUUUUGAUCCUUCUUGGUUUGGCAGCCGUCGUUGCUGCAGACAGCCCAGAGAUUUUCGCUUACGGACCUCCUAGGGAUUCUUCCGAAGAGUCAUUCGAGUCGUUUGAGUCAGGGGAGGCCAAGUACGACUUCAAUUAUGCCGUUCAGCACGAAGACUCUGGCAAUGACUUCGGCCACGAGGAAGCCCGUGACGGUGAACACACUCAGGGAUCCUACUACGUGAGGCUUCCCGACACCCGUCUGCAGAACGUCAAGUACUUCGUGGACGGUGACGAUGGCUAUGUGGCCGAGGUGAACUACGAGGGCGAGGCUCGUUUCCCCGACUCAUAUGAGUCUGCUUCCUUUGAGUCUGCUUCCUUCGAAUCCAGGGAGUACAGGCCACCAAGGCCAGCUUACACCUAUGACUCCGACGAAUCCAAGUAAAUCGCUAGAUAUUUGACCUUUGAAUAAUGAUAACGAAUAAGUACUUUUUUAUAUAUAAUAUCUGAUGUGUAUUUAUUAAUUUAUUACAAAAUAGAAUAUGGGCACGACUGAA